AAAAAAGAUGGGAAAAGAAAAUCUAAUGGAAAGGGUAUAAAGAUUCCGCGUUUUGGUUAGAAGGAAUCGUUUGAUCGGGUUGGGCGAGUUCAGUUGGGCCAUCGUCCUCCGCCGUCGCGUGUCGUCUACUCCUCCCGUGUUCCGUCGUCUCCGCCAUUAAACUCGAUCACUGGUAACUUGCUUCUCAAUCUCUCUCCGUUUCAAUCCAACCACUUUCCUUGGGGGUUUUCUCCUCUUAACCCUUCGGCAGAUUUCGUCGUAAAACCCCAAUUUCCCUGCUCUCAAUUCUCAACCCUGUGCGUCUCUGUCAUUCGAUUCCAUCUUGUUUUCCGAUUGUUUUGCUGCAAUUAUUGUUUGGAUUCCGUCAUCACCCAGUCGUCCUGACUAGGGUUUCGAACCUUCCAAAGUUUGGGUGCCUAUUUCUAUCUCUCUUUCUUUAUUUGUGAUCUGAAGCAACUAUUGGCUUUAUUAAUCGGUUGCUAGCGGAAGAUUAUGACUAGAACGUAUGCAAUUUCUAGAGCCAGAAACUUUCGAUCUCGAGGGACUUUCAAUGGAAUUUGCUCCAUUGUGUUGCUUUGUUUAUUCCUUGAUGAGGGAAAGUUCUUGAGAAAUCCGUUUUAUCAGAAUUCGCAUUCGGUUCUUUCCCAUAAAUGCACCAUUGACGAUAAGCAGGUGGGGGUGAUUCAUAGGAGAAUAGCUGAAGUCUCUGCUUCUUCUCUAAACAAUAACAUCGAUGUUGAUGAAUCUCUUACAAAUAGUAAUAUCUCUUCAAGUCGUCCCCUAUCAUGCCUUGGAUUAUCCGAACACAGAGGUUAUCAGAGCCGAUGUGAGUUCUUGAUUGCCCAUCCUGAUUGCAACUCAGGGGGAUUUUUCAAUUACAUUACAUUCUUCUACUGUGACUGUGAAGGUUUUAGACUUUUGGGUUAUGUGGCUUUGAUAAUUUGGCUUGCUGCGUUGUUCUAUCUAUUGGGUAAUACCGCAGCUGACUAUUUUUGUUGCUCCUUGGAGAAACUUUCGAAUCUCUUGAAGUUGCCAGCGACUGUGGCCGGAGUGUCGUUGCUUCCUCUUGGUAAUGGAGCUCCUGAUGUCUUUGCCAGCAUUGCUGCUUUUAUGGGGAAGGAUGCUGGUGACGUUGGUCUUAACAGUGUGUUGGGUGGAGCUGUCUUUGUAACCUGUAUUGUUGUUGGUGCUGUUUCUCUGUGUGUUUCCGAGAGAGAUGUCAGGAUUGAUAGAAAAUGCUUUAUCAGAGACAUUUGUUUCUUCAUGUUUGUCAUCAUCUCACUUGCUAUAAUUUUGGCGUUUGGUAGGGUUACUGUUAUCGGUGCAAUUGCAUUUGUCUCAAUUUAUUUGGUCUAUGCAUUUGUAGUUGCUGCAAAUGAGAUUGUGGUGAAGGACCCAGCGAAAGUGACACUGAACUCUGUCACACCUUUACUUCCUGUUACUGGAAGCUUUUUCUCUGUUGGGAGUGAAGAGGAUGAAUCAGUCUAUACAACUCUGCUUGAGUCUGAGUCUGAUGGUGAUGUACCGCACCUCCAAAAUAAACUGCCACAAUGGAUGUGGUCUUCACAUGUUGCAAUCUAUUCAAAUCAGGCUAUGAAGGGCAGUACAGAUAGUCCGAAAUUUUUGUGGGGUUGGAAUGACGAGGAUACAGCAACUGACCAGUCUUUGUUCUCCCGCUCCAAAUUGUUUUCAAUUCUCGAACUUCCAUUGACACUUCCAAGACGUUUGACCAUUCCCAUUGUUGAGGAGGAACGGUGGUCCAAAGUAUUUGCUGUUGCCAGUGCUACGCUAGCACCCAUUCUUCUGGCAUAUUUAUGGAACAAGCAAGAUGAUCUAGGACCUCUGAGUGGAAAAUUUGCUUACUUUUUGGGGAUUUCCCUUGGCGGUGUGCUUGGUGUCCUUGCAUAUUUGUAUACAAGCUCUGAUCAGCCACCUCAAAGGGCUUUGUUUCCAUGGGUCUUUGGAGGAUUUUUUAUGAGCAUUGUUUGGUUUUACAUUGUUGCAAAUGAGCUAGUUGCUUUGUUGAUGACAUUAGGUUUAAUUUUUGGAGUGAACCCAUCAAUUCUUGGAUUAACAGUGUUGGCCUGGGGGAACUCAAUGGGGGAUUUGAUGUCCAAUUUAGCACUGGCAAUGAAUGGUGGAGACAGUGUACAAAUUGCUAUGUCUGGGUGCUAUGCUGGGCCUAUGUUCAACACUCUUGCGGGGCUGGGUAUCUCCAUGCUUCUUGGAGCCAUUUCCCAUAGACCUGCAGCGUACAUGCUUCCUAGAGAUAGUAGCUUGUUUUACACAUUGAGUUUUUUAAUGUCUGGACUUAUUUGGUCAGUUGUUGUGUUACCUAGGAAUGAUAUGCGCCCAAACAGAAAACUAGGAGUUGGCUUGAUUGUUAUAUAUUUGACGUUUCUCAUCUUCAGGGUGAGCACAUCUAUGGUGAAGCAGUGAUGCUGCUGGCAAUAAACGUUGGUUUGAACUAAUCAUAGGCGUCUCAACUAAAAGCAGGCCAGUGUAACCUACAUUUUGAUUAAACAGUAGCCCAAAGUCAUGGAUGUUCUCUAGACCCAGAACAGUUAUUAUGACAAUCGAUGAUGUUGUAGGAGAUCACGAUGCAUUGGCUUUUUAUGGCAUCAUCAUCCUGUUAAUAUCAUAAUUUGUAUAUCAUAGCAUUGUUUAGUGAAAUGAAGUUAAAGGUUCUUAUCACAUGUAUAUGUUAUUCGUUUUAAAUUCUCUCUCUAUGUGAAGGUUGCAUGGGAUAUGAUUCUUGAGCUAGGAGAUUAUGGUGGGCACUCUCAUUGAGGAUCAACAGCCCAAUCAACUAUUAUUAGUUUUAUUCAUGUCAUGUAUUAUCUGUCUAAAUCCCAUCUAGUUUAUGAAAGGUUUAUAUUCUCAAAAACAAAUGCUUAUCAGAAUGUUCUUUUGUGAUAUUUUCUCUGUGAACUGUAAUGGAGGUUUUUAUUUCAAUGGACAUAGCUUUUUAUGAUCGUA